UUUUAAUGAGGAGAGGGUAAAAGAAAACCUGUUGAAAGUGUAGUCUACAUCUGUGAUCUGGAGGAAAGCACCUGCUGAUGUCUGUCACUGCAGUUAUGAGUAACUCAAGAUCAGGACGAAAUCAGAAGCUGAGAGAGAGAGUGUGUGUGUGUGUGUGUGUGUGUGUGUGUGUGGUAAAGUGUGCUCUGUUGGUGCUCUAACCAGCUAAUUGCAUGAAGGACAGUUAAUCGAUUUAAUUAAGUAUUAUUCGGCCUAAUUACUGUUCACAUAAGCUCCGUUCCAAAUGAUACACUGUGUACUUGUGCACUACUCAACCCUGUAGUGUAUGUAUGAAUUAUAUAAGAUUAUUCUGUCAUUCAUAACCGGAGUCUGAUAGCCCCUCCCCCUUCGUGACGUCAUUGUGUCCAUGAAGUGCAACAUUCCACACUCGGUCAUUAAAGUGCAUCAUCCACUCGCUCUGUUUAUACUACAAAACGUCAGGGAAAAGUGCAUAAGCGAGCGAUUUGGGACGCGCCUAUACAUUCAGGUUCACGUUAACCGUAAGAUCAGUGCAGUCGGAUUGUGCGCUGACGGAUGGCGAUGGCGCGGUGUUCUGCCGCAGUGUCCGCUGGAUGGCGCCGCGGAAGAGCCCCGGUGUGAUCGCAGUCUUUAGCUGCUCGUCUGAUGAAGCAGCCGGAAGUGACGGGACACGUGUACUGUCCGUGAUGUCAGAGUUCGGAGAGUGACGCGACUGCGUGAUGACAGACAGCAGGAGCGCGAGACAGAUGCGAGAGGAAAUCAAUCAUCUGGCCGCUGCAGGAGGAGGAUGCUGAGGAUCCGAUGAUCCUCUCUCAGUAUCUGGAGCAUCACUCGUCUUCUUCUUCAUCCUCUUCAUCCUCUUCAUCAUGAACAGCGCUCGGAUGCUGAGCGUCGCGUCGGACUGAAGCAGCGUCAACACGAGCGCAUUAGCGGAGAUCUGUGAAACAGCAAAAUGGGAGAGCAGCCCAUCUUCAGCAGCAGAGCGCACGUCUUCCAGAUCGACCCCAGCACCAAGAAGAACUGGGUUCCCACCAGCAAACACGCCGUGACCGUGUCCUACUUCUACGACAGCACACGCACCGUCUACCGCAUCAUCAGCCUGGACGGGUCAAAGGCCAUCAUCAACAGCACCAUCACCCCCAACAUGACCUUCACCAAAACCUCACACAAGUUCGGUCAGUGGGCGGACAGUCGGGCCAACACCGUGUACGGCCUGGGCUUCUCCUCCGAGGCGCAUCUGAGCAAAUUUGCUGACAAGUUUGCAGAGUUCAAAGAAGCGGCGCGGUUAGCCAAAGAGAGAUCUCAGGAGAAGAUGGAGUUGACCAGCUCACCCUCACAGGAAUCAGCGACCGGUGAUCUUCAGUCUCCUGUGACUCCAGAGAACAUCAACGGGACGAACGAGAGAGUGACCCCUGACGCACCCUUCAACACCGAGAGCCGCGCCGAGAUCAACGCUGUACCCUUCCCUCACAGCUCGUCGUCCAUCACUAAACACUGGGAGGCCGAGCUGGCGGCUCUGAAGGGGAACAAUGCUAAGCUAACGGCGGCGCUGCUGGAGUCCACGGCUAACGUCAAGCAGUGGAAGCAGCAGCUAGCGGCGUAUCAGGACGAGGCCGAGCGACUGCACCGACGGGUGACGGAGCUGGAGUGUGUGAGCGGACAAACCGCCGGCGCCAAAACACAGAAAACAGAGCUGAACCAGACCAUCGAGGAGCUGGAGGCCGAGCUGAAGGCCAGAGAGGAGGAACUGGAGAAUCUCAAACAGGAAGUGGAGAAGGCCAGCCAGCUGCAAACACAGAAAGACUCUCUCACUCAGAAACUACAGGAGACGGAGCGGAGGAACGUGGAGCUGGAGUCUCAGCUGCUGGAUCUGGAGCAGCGUCUGGAGAACAGUGAGCUGGAGAGCCACAGCUUCAGGAAGAGUCUGCGCUCGCUGCUCCAGCUGCUGGACGGAAAGAUCUUUGAGCUGAGCGAGCUGCGAGACAGUCUGGCCAAACUGAUGGAGGAGGACAGCAGCUAGACACACACACACACACACACACACACACACACACACACGCACACACACACACACUGAAAGAUCUUUGAGCUGAGCGAGCUGCGAGACAGUCUGGCCAAACUGAUGGAGGAGGACAGCAGCUAGACACACACACACACACACACACGCACACACACACACACACACACGCACACACACACACACACACACACACACACACACACACACACACACACACACACACACUGAAAGAUCUUUGAGCUGAGCGAGCUGCGAGACAGUCUGGCCAAACUGAUGGAGGAGGACAGCAGCUAGACACACACACACACACACACACCCACACACACACACACACACACGCACACACACACACACACACUGAUCACUGAAGAUGCUACUCCUGUGUUUAUCAUCUGCUACUCUUCCACUGAAAUCUGAGCAAUAGGAGAGGAACGGACACUAUCAGGUAUUUUUGGUCUCACACACACUCGAGUCUGCAGGGGGUCUGGAAGCGUCUUUCCAAACACACACACACACACACACACUCGAGGGGCUUCGGUGCGCUCGUGUCACGGGAUCGAGCUCGAUCAGUUUGUUCUUGGGGUUUUUUGUUUCCGCUCUUCAUGAAGAGCAGCGGUUUACUUCCUACUGUAUGAUUUCUGCUUAUUUAUUGUAAAAAUAUAUAAUAUUCUAUCUAUAUACUCUCAUCACAGUGGCUGCAUUACGUAGUAAGGUUUGUUAUCAUCUUUCUUGUUUUUUAUUAUAAUUUCCGAUGUGGAAAUGUGUUUUUUUAAUGUGAGAUAAACUGGCAAUAUUUUUGAUCUACUGAAGUAUUUAAAGAGAAACGAUGUGUCCAGAUUCAGAGUGUUCCUCUGCCUGACCGGUCCUCUCUCGUCCAGAUGAAGCUUCUCAAGAUCUUCAAGGGCUCGCAGCAGAUAGAUGUGCUCGUUUUUGACACACUGGACGGCUUUAUUAUUAUUAUUAUUAUCAUCAUGUUUGAUUUAUGGGCUGAUGUGACACUGAGGCUCAGACACCUUUGAUUAAUAAUUGAGAAUAUUGAUUAAACCACACACUCCAACACAAUUGUAAUUUACUUUAUAGUAAAAUUAAAGAAGAAAAAUGC